UAUUGUUGAAUAGUAAAGCAAUAAAAAGGAAUUCUGUCUUUACCUUAAAUGAAAUUAAAUUUUUACUUUCUGUUGAUUUAAGUACACACACAUAUAUAUUUAUUUAUAGCAUAAAUAUGAAUUGUCUGUUAAGGACCUGCAGCAACAUAUAUUUAACUUUAGCUUUAACCCCUCAUUUAUGAAUUAUGAUAAUAUGAGGUAGGAUUUUUUUUAAAUGUUACAUUUUAAUUUCCUUAGAUACAAAUAUAUAUCUGUCUACCUAAUAUCAAUGUAAUUCAGAUUUUGACUACAUGACAGACAACGCCCUGUAAAAUGGACUCCACAGAGAUAUCCUGAGGGGUGGGGCCUGUGUGGCUUUAGGCUUCAGGUGUGGCUUCUGGUAGGACAGUAGAAGCCCCCAGAAGUUAAUUAAAAAAAAAACAUGUUUUCAGUAACAGAUCUGAAAAGCCUUUCUUACAUUUUUUUUGUUUAACAAAAAAUAUUUUGAUACGCAAAAAAAAAAGUUUUUUUCAGUGAAACAAAAUGAUUUAAAAAAAAAUAAAAUUAAAUAUUAGUUUUGAACUCUAAAUCUCACUGUAAAUUAUGAAUCGUCAUGUUUUGGAGACAUUCAGGCAACAAACCUGUAGCUGUGAUUUUAUUACUGGUUUAAUAUAGUGUCUUACUGAUUUAGUUCCUUAUGAGUUUGAACCUUGCCCUGAUCAGAUAACAGAAGAUUUAAAAACCUGUGUGCACUAAAGUUUUACUUUCACAGAGGACCUUUCAGCAUUUCAGUCUCUCUGUUGUUGGUUUCAGCCAAAGGAAAGACGGAAACUGUACAGAUUUACAGCCCGCCACUGCAUCAGGAAAAGUUUCCUUGAUUUCCAUACAAAGAAAUCUUAGAUUAAUUUUGUAUUCUCCAGUGAACACAUUGUGUUAUGAGAAUAUUCUGUUAAAAUUGACUUCUACGCAGAGGAUAGCCUCAAUUAAGGCUUGACUAAAGAGCAUGAAUCCCGUAACCUCUGGAGUAAUCUGUGUCGUCCCAGUGAAUCCUUUCUGGUAUGUGAAUCAAGUAUAUAAUGAGGAAAUUAAAAGCAUAGAAAAAAAAUACAAAGUUCAAAUGUCGGCACAAGUCAAUGUGACAUUUCAAGCUGAUCAGGAAGGGGGGAGUCCACCUGAUGCCUUGUCUGAGUUCUUAGAGCUAAUAAAGAAGAGUUCAGCUGAAUCCUGCGGUUCACACAUCCCACUCAAGUUUGUUGAUCCAGAUCAGUGGAGCGAUGCAUUCAGGCUCCUCCAGAAAUCUGAAAAAAGGCUUCUACUUACUCUGACACCUGAGGAAGUCACUGCAUUUGGGCCGACCUGCAGUCAGGAUGCAAUCAGCGAUGUAAUAAAUGGAAUGCAGAAAGCAACAAGCCAUCUUAAACAGUCUAAAAUGAAAGCUGAGGCAACACCAUCAAAGAUUGACAAGAACCGGAAAGAUCUGCUGGCGGCUCGAAGAUCAAGACUAGGUGUGAUGGCCAGCAAACAGAAAAUCACCUCAUCUUAUGCAGCCAACUUCAGUGGAGGAAAAGAAUUCUGUUCCAUAUGUUUGCUGCCAUUGACUGAAAAGAAACGGCUGAAAUGUCAACAUGAGUUUUGUGAAGAAUGCCUCCAAGAUGCAUUAAAGCUGACUGGGUCCAUAUGUCCUCUCUGCAACCACGUCUUUGAUGUGUUAAUUGGAGAUCAGCCAGACGGAAACAUGUCAUGGACUAAAAGUUCAGAUUCUCUCCCUGGAUUCUCCGGCUGUGGACACAUCAUCAUCACUUACAGCUUCCCCAGUGGAGUACAGAUGGAAAGGCAUCCUAACCCAGGAAAACCUUUUAAUGGUACUUCCAGAACUGCAUAUCUGCCAGACAACAAAGAAGGCAAUGCGGUUCUGAAACUGUUAAAGAAAGCUUUUGACCAGAGGUUGAUUUUUACAGUUGGUAAUUCAAAAGCAAUUGGUCUAAAAAACCAGGUUGUUUGGAGUGAUAUUUCCCACAAGACUUCUCUGUCAGGAGGCGUACAAAAAUUCGGAUAUCCUGAUUUCAACUAUUUGGAAAGAGUCAAGAAGGAGCUGAAGGCUAAAGGGAUUGAGGAAAGCUGACACCACUGGAAACUAUUUUGUGUUCGUAAAACUUUUUAAAGAUUGUAAAAGUGUUGUAGAAACUAGGUAAAUUUUAACUUUUGUGUAACUUUAUGUGUCUGUAAAAGACUGCAUUUCUUAUAGUUGUCACUUAUAAAUGCAUAUCUGAAUGCUAGGCAUAAAAAGCUAAAAAAAAAAAAAAAAAAAAAAAGUACCUUGACUUUGUAAAUGAUUAGUUACUUAUGUAAUCUAGAUGAGAAAUUAAGAACUUUUUAGUUGCAACAUGACAACCAAUAAGUUAUAUUUUGCAAUAAACUUUUUUUUAUCUU